AUGCGCGAGCCGAGGACCCCCGGGGCCGCCUCCCGUUCGCGAUCCAGCCCCGCCCGUUUUCAGCCGACGCCUCGGCCCCCACCACCGACCCAGCUGGAGCUGCUGCUGCUGCUGCUCCUGUCACUGGUAAGCCGCGUCCCGGCACAGCUCGGUGCCCCCGGCCGGGCGCUGCUGUCCUCGGAUCUCCCGGGGGUGGCGGGGGUCCCCGCCCAGGAGGCGAUCGUAAUGGCGAACCGUGGGCUCCGCGUGCCCUUCGGCCGUGAGGUCUGGCUGGAUCCACUGCACGACCUGGUGCUGCAAGUGCAGCCAGGGGACCGCUGCGCCGUGACGGUGCUGGCCAACGACGCCCUGGCCCAGCGGCCGGGCCGCCUGCACCCCAAGCGCUUCCCGUGCGACUUCGGCCCCAGGGAGGUGAGCUACUCGCACCUGGGCGCACGCAGCCCGUCGCGAGAUCGCGUCCCGCUGCAGCUGCGCUACGACGCGCCGGGAGGGGCGGCGGUGCUCCCUUUGGCGCUGGAGGUGGAGGUGGUCUUCACGCAGCUGGAAGUCGUGACUCGGAACUUGCCCCUCGUCGUGGAGGAGCUGCUGGGGACCAGCAACGCUCUGGACGCGCGGAGCCUGGAGUUCGCCUACCAGUCCGAGACGGAGGAGUGUCGCGUGGGCAUCCUGUCCGGCUUGGGCACGCUGCCUCGCUACGGGGAGCUCCUCCACUACCCGCCGCCCCCAGGUGUAGCUCGCGCGAGGGGCGCCCCGGAGCUGCCCCUGCUGGACUGCAAAGCUUUCCAGGAACUGGGCGUGCGCUACCGCCACAGCGCCCCUGGCCGCUCCCCGAACAGAGACUGGGUGCCCCUGGUGGUGGAGCUGCACGCGCGUGGCUCUCCCGUGGGCAGCCCCGCUUUGAAGCGUGAGCACUUCCAGGUGCUGGUGAGGAUCCGAGGCGGGGCGGAGAACACCGCUCCCAAGCCCAGUUUCGUGGCGAUGAUGAUGAUGGAGGUGGACCAGUUUGUGCUGACCGCCCUGACCCCGGACAUGCUGGCCGCCGAGGAUGCCGAAUCGACCCCCGACUUGUUGGUCUUCAACCUGACCUCUCCCUUCCAGCCCGGCCAGGGCUACCUGGUGAGCACGGAUGACCGCAGCCUGCCCCUGUCCUCCUUCACGCAGAAGGACUUGCACCUCCUGAAGAUCGCCUACCAGCCGCCCUCCGAGGACUCGGACCAGGAGCGCCUCUUCGAGUUCGAGCUGGAGGUGGUGGACCCCGAAGGAGCAGCCUCGGACCCCUUUGCCUUCAUGGUGGUGGUGAAGCCCAUGAACACUCUGGCCCCGGUGGUCACCCGCAACACUGGGCUCAUUCUGUACGAGGGCCAGUCUCGGCCCCUCAGCGGCCCUGCAGGCAGUGGGCCACAGAACUUGGUCAUCAGCGAUGAGGACGACCUGGAGGCUGUGCAGCUGGAGGUGGUGGCCGGGCUGCGGCAUGGCCACCUGGUCCUUCUGGGUGGCUCCGGGGGCAGCUCGGCCACGAAGACCUUCACGGUGGCUGAGCUCACCGCCGGUCAGGUCGUGUACCAUCACGAUGACACAGACGGCUCGCUGAGCGACAACUUGGUGCUGCGGAUGGUAGACGGAGGACGCAGACACCAGGUGCAGUUCCUGUUCCCCAUCACCCUGGUGCCGGUGGAUGACCAGCCCCCCGUCCUCAAUGCCAACACAGGCCUGACGCUGGCAGAGGGCGAGACCGUGCCGAUCCCUCCGCUUGCGCUCAGUGCCACGGACAUGGACUCGGACGACUCGCUGCUGCUCUUUGUGCUGGAGUCUCCUUCAGCCUCCGGGCACCUGAUCCUCCGCCAGACUCACCCUCCGCGGGAGGGGGAGGGGCUUCUCGGGGGCCCCUGGAGGAAGCAAGGGGCGUUCUAUGAGAAAACGGUGACCGAGUGGCGGCAGCAGGACAUCACCAGGGGGCGGCUGUUCUACGUGCACUCCGGGCCCCAUCACCCCGGGCCGGUGCUGGAUCAGUUCGCCUUUCGAGUUCAGGAUAACCACGACCCCCCCAAUCAGUCUGGGCUACAGAGGUUCGUGAUCCGCAUCCACCCUGUGGACCGCCUGCCCCCGGAGGUGGGCAGCGGCUGUCCCCUCCGCAUGGUGGUGAAGGAGUCCCAGCUCACCCCGCUGAGGAAGAAGUGGCUGCGGUACACGGACCUGGACACGGACGACCGGGAACUGCGGUACACGGUGACGCAGCCGCCCACGGACACAGACACCAACCGCUCUCCGGCCCCACUGGGCACCUUGGUCCUGACUGACGACCCUUCCACCGUGGUGGCCCAUUUCACCCAAGCCCAGGUCAACCACCAUAAAAUCGCUUACAGACCUCCAGAUCAGGAACUGGGGGUGGCCGCCCGGGUGGCCCAGUUCCAGUUCCAAGUGGAGGACCGAGCGGGGAACGUAGCUCCAGGCACCUUCACCCUGUAUUUGCAGCCGGAGGAAAACCAGCCCCCUGAGAUCCUCAACACAGGCUUCUCCACUCAGGAGAGGGGACACCACGUCCUGCGGGAGACGGAGCUGCACGUGAGUGACGUGGACACCGAGGAGGCCCACAUCUCUCUCACCCUCACACAGGCGCCCAGACACGGUCACCUGAGGGUUUCCGGACACAUCCUGCCUGUGGGAGGGGUCUUCCAUCUGGAGGACAUCAGACAGGGCCGGGUUUCCUAUGACCACAAUGGGGAUGAGUCCCUGAGCGACAACUGCUCCUUGGAGGUCAGUGACAGACGCCACGUGGUUCCCAUCACUCUCCGAGUGAGCGUGCGGCCCGUGGAUGAGGAGGUGCCCAUGCUGAGCCUUCCUGCCGGUACUCUGGGGUCCUAUCUGGACGUUCUAGAAAAUGGGGCUACUGAGAUCACGGCUAAUGUUAUCAAGGGGACCGCUGAGGAUGCUGAGGAUUUGAUGUUGACUUUCCUCCUGGAAGACCCGCCCUUGUUUGGAGAAAUCCUGGUCCAUGGGGCUCCGGCAGAGCAGUUUACCCAAAGGGACAUAUUGGAGGGCUCUGUGGUCUACGCCCACACAGGUGGAGAGAUAGGCCUGUUGCCCAGAGAGGACUCUUUCAACCUGAGUCUGUCAGCUCUGUCCCCGAAGUGGAGAAAAGCUGGCAACACCAUCCAAAGAGUCACUGUGUGGGUGACCAUCCUUCCUAUCGACAGCCAGGCCCCAGAAAUCUCGGUGGGUGAACCGUUCACAGUCACGGAAGGUGAUAAGAGCACCAUAACCUCAGUGCAUAUCCGCGCUGAGGAUGUGGAUUCGCUGAACGAUGACAUCUUGUGCACGGUCGUCAUCCAGCCCGCCUCGGGCUACGUGGAGAACAUUUCCCCAGCCCCGGGCUCCGAGAAAUCGAGAGCAGGGAUCGCUGUUAGUGCCUUCACCCUGAAGGAUCUCAGGCAGGGUCACGUGAACUACGUUCAGAGUGUCCACAAAGGGGUGGAACCCGUGGAAGACAGGUUCAUAUUCCGUUGUUCCGACGGCAUUAACUUCUCAGAGAGACACAUCUUCCCCAUCGUCAUCAUUCCCACCAACGACGAGCAGCCGGAAAUAUUCCUCAGAGAAUUCGUGGUGAUGGAGGGCAUGAGUCUGGUGGUCGACACGCCCAUCCUGAAUGCUGCGGAUGCUGACGUUCCCCUGGACGACUUGACUUUCACUGUGACCCAGUUCCCUGCGCACGGCCACAUCAUGAACCAGCUGAUCAACGGCACGGUUUUUGUCACGAGCUUUACCUUGGACCAGAUCCUAGAGAGCUCCAGCGUCAUUUAUGAGCACGACGACUCUGAGACGCGGGAAGACAGUUUUGUGAUUCAGCUAACAGACGGUAAGCACUCGGUGGAAAAGAGGGUUCUCAUUAUGGUCAUCCCCGUUGACGACGAAACCCCCCGGAUGGCCAUCAACAAUGGGCUAGAGAUAGAAAUCGGGGAGACCAAGAUCAUAAACAGUAAAAUACUGAUGGCCACGGAUUUAGAUUCUGAAGACAAAUCCCUGGUCUACGUUAUCCGUUAUGGGCCGGAACACGGAUUAUUACAGAGACGAAAGCCUGGGCAUGCCUUGGAAAACAUCACACUGGGCUCGAAUUUCACCCAGGACGAAGUGGACAGGAGCUUGAUUCAGUAUGUCCAUUCUGGGCAGGAGAGCAUUCGGGACCUAAUUAAAUUCGACGUGACUGAUGGGACCAAUGCCCUCAUAGACUGCUACUUUUACGUGUCUAUUGGGAGCGUUGACAUUGUCUUCCCUGACGUGGUAAGUAAGGGAGUGUCGCUGAAGGAAGGUGGUAAAGUCACCCUCACCACAGACCUACUGAGCACCAGUGACCUGAACAGCCCCGACGAGAACUUGGCAUUCACCAUCACCAGCGCGCCGGUGAGAGGGCUCCUGGCAUGCACAGACCACCCGGGCGUGCCCAUCAGCUCUUUCACUCAACUUCAGCUGGCCGGCAACAAGAUCUACUACGUCCACACGGCCGAGGACGAGGCGAAGAUGGACAGCUUUGAGUUUCAGGUCACCGACGGGCGCAACCCCGUCUUCAGGACCUUCCGCAUCUCCAUCAGGGAUGUGGACAAUAAGAAGCCGGUCGUCACCAUCCACCGUCUGGUGCUCAGUGAAGGCGAAAACAAGCUCAUCACUCCCUUCGAGCUCACGGUGGAAGACAGGGACACUCCUGACAAGCUCCUAAAAUUCACCGUCACCCAAAUGCCCAUUCACGGCCAGCUCCUCUUUAACAACACCAGGCCUGCCGUGGUUUUUACCAAGCAAGACUUAAACGAAAACCUCAUCAGCUACAGGCAUGACGGCACCGAGUCGAGUGAAGACAGCUUCUCCUUCACGGUGACCGACGGUUCCCACACGGAGUUCUACGUUUUUCCCGACACGGUGUUUGAGACCAGGAGACCCCAAGUGAUGAAGAUCCAGGUCUUAGCAGUUGACAACAGUGUCCCCCAAAUCGCAGUGAACAAAGGGGUUUCUACCCUGCGAACUCUGGCCACUGGCCACUUGGGAUUCAUGAUCACAAGCAAGAUCUUAAAAGCCGAGGACAGAGACAGCCUGCACUUUUCUCUGAGGUUCGUUGUCACGGAGGCCCCCCGGCACGGGUAUCUCCUCAACCUGGGCAAAGGCAACCACAGUGUUACUCAGUUCACACAAGCGGACAUCGAUGACAUGAAAAUAUGCUAUGUUUUAAGAGAAGGGGCAAAUGCUACCAGUGACGUGUUUCAUUUUACGGUGGAAGACGGUGGCAGAAACAAGUUACCCACUCAGCAUUUUCACCUGAAUUGGGCGUGGAUCUCCUUUGAAAAGGAGUAUUACCUGAUCAACGAGGAAUCCAAAUUUCUGGACGUCGUUCUGAAACGUAGAGGUUACUUGGGAGAGACUUCAUUUAUAAGUAUCGGCACCCGAGACGGGACCGCGGAAAGGGACAAAGACUUCAAGGGCAAAGCGCAGAAGCAAGUGCAGUUCAACCCAGGCCAGACGCGGGCCACGUGGAGAGUCCACGUCCUGAGCGACGAGGAGCACGAGCAGUCGGAGACCUUCCAGGUGGUGCUCUCGGGCCCCGUGCUGGCCGCCCUGGAGGCCCCUGCCGUCACCACGGUGGAGAUCAUCGACCCAGGAGACGAAUCAACGGUAUUUAUUCCCCAGUCGGAAUACUCCGUUGAGGAGGAUGUUGGUGAGCUGUUCAUCCCCAUCCGGAGAAGUGGGGACGUCAGCCAGGAGCUGAUGGUGCUCUGCUACACCCAACAAGGAACGGCCAGCGGCACCGUGCCCACGUCCGUCCUGUCCUACUCCGACUACAUCUCGCGGCCCGAGGACCACACCAGCGUCGUGCGCUUCGACAAGCAGGAGCGCGAGAAGGCCUGCAGGGUCCUGGUCAUCGACGACUCCCUGUACGAGGAGGAGGAGACGUUCCGCGUGCUGCUGAGCAUGCCCAUGGGCGGCCGCGUGGGCUCCGAGUUCCCCGGCGCGCGGGUGACCAUCCUCCCCGACGAGGACGACGAGCCCGUCUUCUACUUCGGGGCCGCCGAGUACUCUGUGGACGAGAGUGCCGGCUACGUGGAAGUGCAGGUGUGGAGGACAGGCACGGACCUGUCCGGGCCAUCCAGCGUCACCUUGAGGUCCCAGAAAACGGACCCUCCAUCCGCCAGUGCUGGCACAGACUACGUGGGCAUCAGCCGGAAUUUAGACUUUGCACCUGGAGUCCACGUGCAGCCUGUCCGCGUGGUCAUUCUGGACGACCUCGGCCGGCCGGUGCUCGAGGGCGUCGAGAAGCUGCAGCUGGUCCUGCGCAUGCCUGUGAACGCGGCCGUCGGCGAGCCCAGCAAGGCCACGGUGUCCAUAGACGACUCUGUCUCGGACUUGCCUAAGAUGCAGUUCCAGGAAGGCGUCUACACUGUCAAUGAAAACGACGGGCGGGUGGCGGCGGUGAUCCACAGGAGCGGGGAUCUGCAGCUCAAGUCCUCGGUGCGAUGCUACACGCGGCAGGGCUCCGCGCAGGUGAUGGUGGACUUCGAGGAGCGCCCCAACACCGACCUCUCCGUCAUCACGUUCCUCCCGGGUGAGGCCGAACAGCCCUGUGUCCUGCAGCUGAUGGACGACGCGGUGCACGAGGAGGUCGAGGAGCUCCGCCUGGUCCUCGGCUCCCCGCAAAGCAACUCUCCCUUUGGGGCUGCCAUCGGGGAACAGAAUGAAACUCUGAUACGGAUCCAAGAUGAUGCUGACAAGACGAUUAUUAAAUUCGGAGAAACCAAGUUCAGCAUAAGUGAACCUAAAGAACCCGGUCAGUCGGCGGUUAUCAAGAUCCCCGUGAUCCGCCAGGGAGACACGUCCAGGGUCUCCCUCGUGCGAGUCCACACCAAGGACGGCUCGGCCACCUCCGGAGAAGACUACCACCCUGUGUCGGAAGAGAUUGAGUUUAAGGAGGGAGAGACCCAGCACACCGUUGACAUUGAAGUGCUCUUCGACGGGGUCCGGGAGAUGCGCGAGGCCUUCACGGUGCACCUGAGGCCGGACGAGAACAUGGUGGCGGAGACCCAGGUGACCAAAGCCAUUGUGUACAUAGAAGAAAUGAACAGCAUGGCCGACGUCACGUUCCCGUCGGUGCCUCAGAUCGUGUCCUUGCUGAUGUACGAUGACACUUCCGGCGCCAGAGAGCGAGCCGCACCCCCGUCUGGCUACCCGGUCAUCUGCAUCACAGCCUGCAACCCGAAAUAUUCCAACUACGACCGGACAGGCUCCAUCUGUGCAAGUGAGCACAUCAACGACACGCUGACUCGGUACCGAUGGCUGAUCAGCGCGCCCACGGGCCCGGACGGCGUGACCAGCCCCAUGCGAGAAAUGGACUUCGACACCUACUUCACGUCGUCCAAGAUGAUCACGCUGGACUCCAUAUACUUCCAGCCCGGCUCCAGGGUGCAGUGCGCAGCCCGUGCCGUCACCGCCCACGGCAGCGAGGGCCUGGAGCUGCUGAGCCCCAUCGUCACCAUCAGCAAGGAGGAAGGUCUCUGCCAGCCUCGAGUUCCGGGCUCCGUGGGAGUGGAGCCCUUCUCCGCCAAGCUGCGCUACCUGGGCCCCGAGGACCCCGAGCACGCCAACCUCAUGAGGCUCACGGUCACCAUGCCGCACGCCGACGGCAUGCUCCCCGUCAUCUCCACCCGAGAGCUCUCCAACUUCGACCUCACCCUCAGCCCCGACGGCACGAGGACGGGGACCCACAGGUGCUCCAACCUCCUGGACUACACCGAGGUGACGACCCAGCACGGCUUCCUCACAGAGGCCACCAGAGGCCCGGGGAGCGCCGCGGAGACGUACCCCUACCAGUACAGCUCGCCCCUCCGAGGCCCCCGCGCCCUGCGCUUCUACCGCAACCUGAACCUGGAGGCCUGCCUGUGGGAAUUCGUGAGCUACUACGACAUGUCGGAGCUCCUCACCGACUGCGGGGGCACCGUGGGGACCGACGGACAGGUCUUGAACCUUGUGCAGUCGUACGUGACCCUGCGGGUUCCCCUGUACGUCUCCUACGUGUUCCACUCUCCCGUGGGCGUGGGAGGCUGGCAGCACUUCGACCUGAGGUCGGAGCUCCGGCUGACGUUUGUGUACGACACGGCCAUCCUGUGGGACGACGGCAUCGGCAGCCCCCCGGGGGCCGAGCUCCAAGGCUCGCUGUACCCCACCAGCAUGCGCAUUGGGGAGGAGGGGUGCUUGGUCGUGAACUUCAAGACAGAAGCCAAAUUCCACGGCUUGUUUGUGCUCUCACAUCCGGGCUCCUUCACGAGCUCAAUGAUCCUGUCCGCGGACCAUCCAGGACUGACGUUCUCCCUGCGCCUGGUGCGGAGCCAGCCGACCUACAACCAGCCGGUCCAGCAGUGGACUUUUGUCUCUGACUUUGCAGUCCGCGACUACUCGGGAACCUACACGGUGAAGCUGCUGCCAUGCACCACCCCGUUGCAGCAGGAGUACCACCUGCCAGUCACCUGCACCCCCAGAGAGCCCGUCACCUUCGACCUUGACAUCCGGUUCCAGCAGGUCAGCGACCCCGUGGCGGCAGAGUUCAGCUUGAACACCCAGAUGUACCUGCUCUCCAAGAAGAGUCUCUGGCUGUCCGACGGAGCCAUGGGGUUUGGUCACGAGAGUGAUGUUGCUUUCGCAGAAGGUGACGUCAUCUACGGCCGGGUCAUGGUGGAUCCCGUCCAGAACCUUGGCGAGUCCUUCUCCUGCACCAUCGAGAAGGUGUUCCUGUGCACCGGGGCCGACGGCUACGUCCCCAAGUACAGCCCCGCGAACGCCGAGUACGGCUGCCUGGCCGACUCCACGUCUCUCCUGCACAGGUUUAAAAUCGUGGACAAAGCUCAGCCAGAGACGCAGGUCACCAGUUUUGGGAAUAUCCUGUUUAAUGCCAAACUGGCGGAGGACGACCCGGAAGCUGUUGUCCUAGUGAAUCAGCCCGGUUCCGAUGGAUUUAAAGUGGACUCAACACCGCUGUUUCAGGUCGCCGUGGGCCGAGAAUGGUACGUCCACACCAUCUACACGGUGAGAGCGAAAGAAGGCACCAGCAGAAGCAUCGGCAAAAGGAGCGUGGGGGGCCGGUACCACUCGGUGCGGAGUCCCAGGGAGCCCGGGGCACCCAGCCAGAGCAGGAGGAAGCGGACGGCCGGGGGCCCCCCGCCACCGGUGUGGGAGAUCGGGGCAGAAAGCAGCCGGGGCACCAAUAUCCAGCACGUCUGCCUGGACCGAACCGACGAGAAGCAGGUCCCCAGAGGGAGAGCCCCUCCAGACAGCGCCCCCCCCUCGGGACUCGACAGCCCUGGCUCCGAGCCCAGCCUGGCCGCGGUCAUGGGGGGCGUGGCCGUGGGCCUCCUCGCCCUGGGCCUGGUGGCCGUGGUGGCAGUGAUGUGCCAGGGCCGGGGGCGCGCGGGCGCCACCAAGGGCUCGGGCGGCGGCCCCUCGACGGCCCCGCAGAGCGGCCAUGGCGACAGCUCAGAGGUGUGA